AUUGAUUGAUUGCGUGCGGUGGUCGUCAUGGCGGUCGUGGAGGGAGGGACCGAAGAGGGAAAAGGCGCAUGAGAACGAGCGGGGAGCAGCAUAGCAUGGCUUUCUAAGAAUGGACGGGGACCAGAUUUGCGUCGAGACAACGCAGGGUCUGAUGAGAGGUGGUGAGCUAAAGAUGGUGUGGCCUCACCGAAAGCUCUGGCGGAGUUGGCCGAGGUUGAGACACUUCUAAAUCGCGCGAUGAAUUACACGUGCGUUUCUUCCUCCGCUGCUUUGGAGAUGUUCCACGAUUUCGUAGGUGUUGGUUUGGGCUGUGAAUUUGUUGGUUUCCAGCAUGCUUGUGGUGUCGAACACCGGCGCAUGAACGCCUGGUCUACCAGACCGACGGAAUCGAGCCUCUCAAGAUAAUUUUACCAGAAACUUGAAAGUGAAAAAACGUGACUCCGUUCUCCUUUCUUCUUCUCGUGUUCUUCGGUCGUUCUCUGGCAUCCUCCUCUGUCUCCGGCUCGCGCGCGCUCUCUCUUCGUUUCGUUCUCUCUGUUCUGCUGCGCGAUAAUUUGCCAACAUCUCUGAGUUCCAUGAGCUAGGCUCCCGAGUUAUGCCUAUCGACGGAGAGAUUGGCGAAGAUCCCACGCCGAGUGAUACGGCUGCAGUGGAAUUGAGGCGGAGAGUUCCUGGGGAAGGUGCGGAGGGAAGGUUCGGACAGCUUAUGGAGAACAAUGGAUUGAAGAAUUCGGUAUUCGGCCUAGUGCAAUACUUCAUGGAUCGACCGGAAAACCAAUCGCAGAGUUCCGGUUCAUCAUCCCCUAAGACAAUGCUUGGCUCUGUUUGGACUACUCCUGCCACAGAAUCUGUUCUUCUCGCUUCCACUGACACUGUUACUCAAGUUGACUCCUCAUCUUCGCCAACUGCUGGGCCCGAGCUCGUGAAAAACGAAGUAUUUAGCGAUGGAGAGAAGUCUGGUCCGCUGCAUUCGCAAAGUCAACAGAGAUUGGAGGCUCAACAAUCACAAAAUAAUCGCACCUACUUGAAAAGCGAGGAAUAUAGGCAGUUAUUUCACCUGCCUCCCGAAGAGGUUUUAAUCGAGGACUUUAAUUGCGCAUUACAAAAGAAAAUACUACUCCAGGGUCACAUGUAUCUGUUCGAGCAGUAUGUGUGUUUCUACUCCAACAUCUUUGGGUAUGAGAAAAAGAAAGUGAUCCCCUUGAAGGAUGUGACUUGCGUUCGGAAGGCCAAGACAGCUGGAGUGUUUCCAAAUGCGAUUGAAAUUACAGGGUGGGGUAAGAAGCAUUUCUUUGCGUCGUUCCUAUCUCGUGAUGAAGCGUUCCGCCUGAUCGUCAACGGCUGGUCUCAACACAGUGGCUACGCACGAAAGUUUUUGGGAGCCAAUUUCUCUCCUGUGUCGAGUCCCCCGUCGCAAGGACGCGUUUCUAUAGACUCAGCAAUCAUGUCUUUAGCGUGGCGAAGUCCUCAGAGGGCAGCUAGUCUUCCGAUUGAUGGAACCUUCUCUCCCAGGGACAUGGAAGAUGUUCCCAAUUUAGUAGCACCUUCAGUUCAAGAGGAACCUAGAGACGAGUCCAUGGAGAGGAGCGAACUCGAAGAUACAAGCGAACGAGGAAACGCAACCGACGCAGUGGAGCCUGGCUUUGAAGAAACAGUUGUCGUAAAUGGAGAUUCUAGUGUUUCGGGGGCUUCGACCUCCACAGUUUGGGAGCCUGAGGACCUAGAUGCGCCAGUGAUGCCAGACGGUUACAAAACUGUGGUGGAGUCGGAAUUUGCUGUUGACGUGGAGGAAUUCUUUCAGUUGUUUUUUUCGGAUGAUGCGAUUGGUUUCUUGAAACAGUUUCAUGGAAAGUGCGGUGAUGAUGAUUUUCGUUGUACAGAGUGGGCGAAGCACCGUCACUUCGGGCGUGCCCGCGACAUAUCAUUUAGGCAUCCAAUCAACUUUUAUUUUGGACCAAAAGCUACAUAUUGCCAUGAGUCACAAAGAUUCCGGGUCUAUCGAAACAGCCAUCUUGUCUUGGAGACAUCUCAGCAAAUGACAGAUAUUCCAUAUGGAGAUUAUUUUCGUGUUGAGGUAAGGUGGGACGUUGAAAAGCUGUUUGGGCGUGGAAGCAAUCAUUGUUUUGUGCGUGUUUCUCUGGGCGUGUCUUUCUGCAAGAAGACUGUUUGGAAAGGGAAAAUCGAACAAGGAACAUACGAUGAAAGUAAAGAAGCUUACACAACAUGGAUUUGCGAGGCCCAUGCAUUGUUACGAGAUAUGCGUGCGCUGGAUGCGGGUGUGAACCCUAUUGAAGAUUCGGCAGUGCUUCUUAGUCCCGAACCUAGAGAAUCUCUUGGAGAGGUUGCGAAUAUUGCUAAUCGAGCUAUCUCAGCGGAAGUUGAACCCAGUGAUAGGAGGAUACACGAAGUAGAGCAUAUUAAUAAAACUGCUCCGGAUGUUGAAGAAUUUCGCACCAAGGAGUUGAAUACAGCUAUAUAUGGUCGUGACUGGGCGAAAAAGAGUUCUGCUAUUCUUGGGACAAUGUUGCUCGUCUCUCAAAGAAUUUGGGAGAAAGGAUAUAACCUGGACUUCAAAGCCAGCAAACAGCUGAAGUAUUUGUGCUUUAUUUUGAUUGCCGUUGUUGUCGUUCUAAUGCAGAUUGGCAUUAUCUUGGUUCUGGCCCGCACACCCAAACUUCAGUAUGUUCCAGUUGGCUACCAAAGUUCCCCUGCUAAUGUUAGGGGCUGCUUUGGAGAGCUCAGUGGGGAAGACGCUCUCGCUUGGCUAGAGCAGCGCACGAGGAAUAUCAAACAGGAGAUAAUAAUGGCCGAGUCUCGAUUGCAGACUUUGCAUCAAGACCUCAAUAUUCUGAAGAUGCAUGCCAGUAAACUACUUGGUUUUGUGGAUGUCCAAUCUACUCACUUUACGUCGCCUGAAUAGUGUAUUGAAACAGAUCAAUCAUAGGUUGUAUAUAAGUCACUCCAUUUUUUGUUCAUGAUUAGUUUUAUCAGAAGAGCUCUUUGCGAACCAAUAGAUCAUGGGAUCGUCUCCUCCUCUGUUAAGUUUAGCUAACUUUUGUAGUUAAUUGUACUACUAAUGUUACCGGUUUUGAACCCUCCUCCAUCUUCACGAAAAUUUCAUUCAUACAAGGUUGAACCUAGCCUCGAUAGGCAACGAAGGGCAACGAAUAAGAUACAGAGCAAUUUUUCAAGCGACCGAAUUGUGCGCGCACCAUCUUUCAAUCUCGCAUUUUUUGUCAGGUGGUCGACCAGUAACUUAAUGAUGUGGAGCUUCUCAUCAUGUCAUAUUCACAACUACUGAUAGAAGUUUCUAUCGGUAUACACUAGCCAG